CACAAAAAAGUCAAAAAAAGUCACAAAAAGGUCAAAAAUAGUAAAGUGUUAAUUUCCUGAUGUACGGGAGAGUGCGUCUCAUCGUCUGCAGCUUUUCCUCUUUACAAAUUAGAUACGUAGAGUGGCUUAGUGAUGGACGAAUGCUACUCAACGCUUUCGGUCCCAGCGAGUCCAUCUGCGGUUUCACGGUGGAAAUUCCUUGCGCUCGUCAGCAUCAAACGAGACCCCCUUGGGGUUCAACGUUGGAGGACAGACACGAUUGUACGUUUUGGAUUCCGACAUGAAGUUUGUUCCGGUUGGCACGUAGGGGAGGUAUUCAUGUCCGGUCCGACUAUGAGCUUAGGCUACCCGGAGGCUACUGCGCAGUUGUUCAUGACGGAUCCAUUCAGGAAAGAGUUUAGGAUGCACCGAACUGGCGACUUCGGCUGUGUCAAUCAUGAAGGACGACUUCACUUCAUUGGACGUCGAGACUGGAAAUUCAAACUGACUGCUUGUAGAAUUGAGCUGGCCGAGAUCAUUGGAGUUCCGUUGGCCUACGAUUUGGGUCCCAGUCGAUGCAGUGCCAUGCAUGCUCACUGGGAAGCUAUACCGCAAAUGUUUGCGGUAAUCUUGCCAUGGGCUGCCACGAUCCACGCAGAACGAGUUGGCGAUGCUUGCCGCAGCAUAGCAAAGCCGGCCAAUAACGACCCAAAAAUAAUGUGCAUUCCGCAGCUCAAGUGCUUAUGAAGCCUCGUUUCUAAUGUCUACUUUCCUUCCAAAGACUGAUCAAACCUCAUGCGGCAUAGAUAUCGAAGGAACAUCCCACGUAAGAUAUACGCUUCUCGUAUCACUUCGUAAUCAAGCAGUUUCCCUUCUUUCGAAUUCUGCUGCGCUUAUCUCGCAAGCAAGACAAUUAUAGCGCACGUGCCACCGGUAGUCAAACAGGAGCGGGCCAGAUGACAAAAUUGCGUGUGUCAGCCC